UCGGAUCUUGCCGGGGAUGCAAGCGUUAAGGGGAGGCGGGGAGUGACGCGGUUUGCGUCUGGAGCGGCUCCUUGGAGUCCACAGCAUCCAACGCCGCCGGAGCCUCGCCUUCCUUUCUCCCUCUGCAGACAUCGAGACACAAAAAGAAGCGACCCCGCGACCAGGGCAAGGAGCCCACCCGCACCAUGACCGAGACCACCAAGACCCACGUUAUCUUGCUGGCCUGCGGCAGCUUUAAUCCCAUCACCAAAGGGCACAUUCAGAUGUUCGAAAGAGCCAGAGAUUAUCUGCACAAAACCGGGAGGUUUAUUGUGAUUGGCGGGAUUGUCUCUCCUGUCCACGACUCCUACGGAAAACAGGGCCUUGUAUCGAGCCGGCAUCGUCUCAUCAUGUGUCAGCUGGCCGUCCAGAACUCCGACUGGAUCAGGGUGGACCCCUGGGAGUGCUAUCAGGACACCUGGCAGACGACCUGCAGCGUGUUGGAACACCAUCGCGACCUCAUGAAGCGGGUGACCGGCUGCAUCCUCUCCAAUGUCAACACCCCCUCCAUGACCCCCGUGAUCGGACAGCCCCAGAACGAGAACACCCAGCCAAUGUACCAGAACAGCAGCGUGCCCACCAAGCCCACUGCAGCCAAGAUCUUGGGGAAGGUGGGAGAAAGCCUAAGCCGGAUCUGCUGCGUCCGCCCACCCGUGGAGCGCUUCACUUUUGUGGAUGAGAAUGCCAACCUGGGCACGGUGAUGCGGUACGAGGAGAUUGAGCUGCGGAUCUUGCUGCUGUGUGGCAGUGACCUGCUCGAAUCCUUCUGCAUCCCAGGGCUCUGGAACGAGGCAGAUAUGGAGGUGAUUGUUGGGGACUUUGGGAUUGUGGUGGUGCCCCGGGACGCAGCGGACACAGACCGAAUCAUGAAUCACUCCUCACUACUCCGCAAAUACAAAAACAACAUCAUGGUGGUGAAGGAUGACAUCAACCAUCCCAUGUCUGUUGUCAGCUCAACCAAGAGCAGGCUGGCCCUGCAGCAUGGGGACGGCCAUGUUGUGGAUUACCUGUCCCAGCCCGUCAUCGACUACAUUCUCAAGAGCCAGCUGUACAUCAACGCCUCGGGCUAGCAGCCGCACAGCCCUCCACCGCGCUCUCCCCAUGACCUCCGCCAACACACUGGCCCCUCCAGUCUCUGUCAUCCCGUUUCUCUCCGGCCUCUGUUUCUCCAUCUCUUCAUCUUGACUGUUCUCCCCGUUCGCCGGCUCAAGCCCCCACAGUGUGGGGACCUUCAGAGACCCUCGGCAUCCCUUACUCCACAGUCAUCUUUGGACAAACUUUCCUCUGGUCUCCGGGUUGGGGGUGGGUGAGGGCGUAGGGGUGGGAGUUGGGGGGAAGUGCCGUCCUUGGAGAUGUGCUGGUGGCCAUCUCCCAGCAUGCUCUAGAGAGUGGCUCUGGUGCCCAUCCUCCCAGCAUGCUCUGGGGAGGCAGCUCUGGCUCUCGCCUUCCCAGCAUGCCCUUUACCACAAAGGGCUAUUUUUUUCUUUUCUGUUUUUUUGUUUGUUUGUUUUGUUGUUUUGUUUUGUUUUGAUUUUGAUUGUUGUUGUUCACGCCUCAUAGAACUUGGAUGAAAUCAGUGUCCGUGAUUCUUCACGUCUGUGGUCUUGAUGCAUUCCUGUGGAAUCGAUUCCCUGUGAUGGGAAACUGUGGCCAGACUCAGCACAGUGAGCAUGUGAGGGCCACACCCAGGGAAGGCCAAGCCACCUCCACUUCUCCAACACCCACCCCCGACACACACCUACCCUCACCACCCACCCCCACCCCCUACAGCAGCAGCAGCAACAGUCUGGGGGCAGGAGUGAGAUUUUCAGGUUCUGAAACCUGGGAGGCAAGUCUGGGAACAGUAGGGAUUCUUAGAAGAAUUUGAGUCCAUUUCCUUUGUUUCAGACCAUUUUUCCUGAGGCUCUGGGCCUAGGUCACACAGAGCCAGUCCAUCCCCAUUUCCCGGUGACAUCUAUACAGUUACUCCUUCAGACUCCUUCAGUGGGUCUCCUGCCAUUCCAGGCAUUUCCAAUCACCAUCUCAGCCAAUGGAGGCCAUACCUAGCUACAUCCUGCACCUGAGAAGAAUCACAUAUGCAAGGCCAUUGUAUCCUAAUGAUACAGUCAUUUCUGAAGAAAAACAUGAUAGAAAUUCACUCCCUGGGACCUUUGCUAAUUGCAAUUAUUACCUGUUUGGCUGGGACAUGUCUCUGUCAUCAUGUGAGUCCAGGAUGACGCAGGCGAAAGCAAUUGGUUGCCCUGGUGGCAAUUGAUGAUCCUUCACCCACUGGAGCUGAGGUGACACAGCCUGAGGGCAGUUCUUGAGAAGCAGAGCCUUGGCCUUGUUGUUUGGCCUUGGUCUUAUCUCCUUCUGAGCCGGCAACCAUUGUCCUCACCUGGAGAGAUCUGCCUGGUAGAGGAGUGGGUUCACAGAACAGAGAUUGUGAGGGACAUCAAGAGCCACUAUAGUUCCAUCCAUUUUCUCCCUAAUUCCCCACCUUCCUCCACCGCCCCUGGAAACAGUGUUGGCAGGCUCUGUUCUUGUUGUUCAGGCCCCGUGCAUGUCCUCCUUGGAGACCAAGAGGAAAUUAUUUUCUCGUGCCCUGUGUCUCUCAUCCAGUCCCUGGCUCUUUGGUUUCCGAUUGUCUCUGAGGAAUGGUCCCUGAGCAGCAGGACAAUUUUAUCAAAAUCUAGUACCAGCUAUGGCCCAGGAGGGGUUGGGGGAGAUCUGGUCCCAGGAACAAUGGUCUCCACCACACGCUUCAUAUCUGCAGCAUCCUUCAGUAGUCUCCAGACAGGGAACUGGAUUCAGCAGAAGAGCAUCCAGGAGGGCUAUUCCUCUUGGAUUAUGGAAAUAAUCUCCAGAGGAAGGAAGGAAAGAUUCUAUUCUUGGGUCUUAGUGCUCAUGGCUAAGGAUCAUGGAUUCAUAAGUGAAAAGAACUUUAGACAUUAGUUGAUCCAACAUUCUCCUCUAAAAGAUGAGGGAGCAGAGAGCCCCUGAAUUAAAUGGCCGGUCCCAAGUCACACAGCAAGUAGAGAGCCCAGCAAAAGGAUGUUGUUUCCCGGACCCUUAGGUUAUCACAUCACAUGGCCUCUGCCUCUCCAGUUCCCAUGCUACUAACCAACUAACAUGUAGUUUCUACUCUUCUUAGCCUUUAUCUGGCAUCUUUCUCUUAAAUUAUGUCUGACCCAGGUGCUGCCUAUAUAUGGCUUUGUAUAUGGCAGUUCCAAGGGAAAAUGUGAUGGUGAGGAAGGCUAUAGCUAGAUUUCCCCAUAGAAAUCAAGAAAUCUCAACAGCUUGGAGGAAAUCCUAGAAAGUAACUCUCUGAAUCCAAGAAAGAAUUGCUUUGUGCAAAGCUUAGAAAGACCCAGAAUGCUCAAGAUGACACUAGUGUUGGAGGGAGGGAGACAGAAAAGCCUUUGUCUAGGCAAAGAAACAGGAAAACGGGGAACUGGGUUCCCGGGGUGGGGGUGGGGGCAUGGCAUCCUCAAGGAUAUGGAGUUUACCGAUAGAUUUUAUUAUGAGGACCUACAGGAGCAGACCCGAGAAAGACAAGAUAACUUUAGUCUCUUUAAUCUUUGUUACUCGGCUGGACUCUGGUUAACCAGUUAACUGGCACAUGUCCAAAACGGAAACCAUCCCCACACGCCACGAUAUUUUGAAUUCAA